UUGAUUUCAACAAUUCCGACCAGCCGCCUGAAAUUCCUUAAAGAAGCUGGUCAUGGAACACAAAAGGAAGAGAUUCCUGAAGAAGAACUAGCAGAAGACGUAGAGGAGAUUGAUCAUGCUGAGAGGGAAUUACGUCGUGGUCAGAUCUUGUGGUUUAGGGGCCUAAACAGGAUACAAACUCAGAUCCGAGUGGUGAAUGCAUUUCGUAGCUCCUUGUACGAGGGGCUAGAGAAACCUGAGACACGAAGUUCAAUUCACAAUUUUAUGACGCAUCCUGAGUUUAGAAUAGAAGACUCCGAGCCUCAUAUUCCCCUUAUUGAUGAUACUGAUGCUGAAGAUGAUGCUCCAACAAAACGCAACUCUACUCCCCCACCCUCUCCCAAUAAAAAUAACAAUGCGGUUGACAGUGGAAUUCACCUUACAACAGACAUGAACAAGUCUGCUACCUCUUCAUCCCCAGGGAGCCCGCUACAUAGUUUGGAAACAUCACUCUGAUUGUAAGCUGAAUGUUAACACACUAGCUGCAUUGUAAAGAAAUUGAAACUGGGUCUCUUCACACAUUAUGAUGGACAAGAUGAUAUUCUUGUCUCGGACUUCAACAGAAGACACACUUGUACGAAUGUAGAUUUAUUUUUUUAAAAAACAAAAGCUUUCUGCCAGACUGGAGGGUGCUUUUCUGGGGGUGGGAGUAAUAAUGAACUCUGACAGAUAAACAGUAACUCAGCAUAAGUGACUUGUGGAUCAUCUGUUGUACUUAAGAAUGGUCCUGAACAGUGUGUUAGCAGAGCUUUAGUUUAUCAUGAUCCUUUUCUGAGGGGAAGACUGGGAAGGGCAAGAAGGCCCUGGAUCGUUGAAUUGAUACUUUAAUUUCUGCUGUUGGCUGUUAAUAAUUUGGAUUAUUUAUGUUUAUAAAUGAUACAGAUCUGUUUACAAGGUUUGUAGAUACUUUUUUGUUCCUGUUCAUAGAUGGGAAGCUUCCUUAUAAAUGAUGCAGAGAAAAAAUAAAAAAACAAAACAAAAAAACUAGUCCUUCAAAUACUGCUGUAUUUUCAGGAAAAGGGUGUUUCUAUUGAAACUGUACUAAAUUUUGCCUGCAAUUUACCUUGUUAAAUAUUGUAGAUAAAUUGCUACUACUAAUAGCCAAAUAGACAACACUAAUGCUUUGUAAAAACAUGAGCAGUGGUGUUCUAAUGAAGUUAUGGCCUCUGUCCUAAUUAGUUUCUUAAAUACAUUUACUACUUAAUGGUUUUGAAACAAUUGUUUAAUUUUUAAAAAUUUUGAGAAACAUACUGAAUAACUUUUGUUCAGAACUUAGUAGGAUUGUUUAAUGCAGGACAUCAAUAUGUGAUGGAACUUGCUUGAAAUAUUUCUGUUAUCUCGGGCAAAAUGGAUUAAAUCAAAAUACAUCAGAAUCUUAGUCCUUUGUUUUUGUCUAAACAUGUUAGUUUAGUGCUGUCUUGGUGAACUGUGAGUGGAACUGUGAUUUUUAUUUUAUUUUAUUUUUUUUCUAAUCUAUAGAAUCCUUCAUGCAGCAUGAGGGCUGUUGGCAUUUUGAAAGGUUGUUAGUGGGUAGCAUACAUGUUCUCCUUUUUGUUUUUGAAACUUGUUUGUAAACAUGAAUAAAUCUGCCCUUUUGUUAAAAUAAAAUUGCA